AUGUUCAUUCAGCUGCAAGAGGUAAAGGAAAAUUAGUUUUAAAAGGUUCUUUUAUAAUUUGGAAAGACUAUUACGUAUUCUUAUAAAGUCUUGGGAAUAUCGUCUGGCAUUUUGUUUUGGAAUUGAGGCUAAGGCUAAAGCUAAGGCUAAAGCUAAGGCUAAAGCUAAGGCUAAGGCUAAGGCUAGGGCUAGGGCUAGGGCUAGGGCUAAGGCUAAGGCUAAGGCUAAGGCUAAGGCUAAGGCUAAGGCUAAGGCUAAGGCUAAGGCUAAGGCUAAGACUAAGGCUAAGGCUAAGGCUAAGGCUAAGGCUAAGACUAAGGCUAAGGCUAAGGCUAAGGCUAAGGCUAAGGCUAAGGCUAAGUCUAAGGCUAAGGCUAUGGCUAAGGCUAAGUCUCAGACCAAGUCUAUACUCCUACUAUAA